AUGGCACUGCAGAGAGACCCGGGCCUCCUGCGCACUUACGUGAGCCACAUGUUCUCUCAGACCGUAGGCAACUACGAUUACUUCGACUACAUCUGCGACAUGCGCUACCUUUCGGAGGAGAAGAAUGAUGCCUGCUCGGCUCGGGGAGCUCUCCUGGAAAGCCCCCCUCCGCUUGAGCUGCGACACGCCAUCGGGCCGACAUCGUUGCUAUCAUCGAGGUCAGACGCCGAAGCUGCAGACACUUACGGCAGCAUGCGCCUGGCCGUCUUGGGUGCCAGCCUAACCCUCAACUUGCUGCUGGGCUCAGUCGUCCUGUUGAUGGUUCGAAGGCGGAGGCGAGAGGAGGCGGCCUCCUACAUCGCCUUGCCGUGA